AACAGUAUUUAGUGGCGAAAAGCAUAAAGAGUUAUUAGAAACAUUUUGAUGGAUUUGGAACAGUAAAUGUUCAUAUGAAGAAUUCCCAGAAAAGGAAACGUUUAUUUAGCUUUCUUAGCGUUAAAUUAAGUUUAAAAUGUCAUGUCAAAUGGAACCAACAACGCCAGUGAAGCAAAAUCAGAAAACAAGAAACAACAACCCGUAUCACAUAAAACGACCAAUGAACGCUUUCAUGGUGUGGUCACGGCUUCAACGUAAGAAGAUAUCAUUAAUGAACCCCAAACUACACAACUCUGAGAUAUCCAAGCGUCUAGGCUUGGAGUGGAAGAAUUUGGGCGAAACAGAAAAAAGACCUUUCAUCGACGAAGCCAAGCGUUUGAGAAUAAAACAUAUGCAGGAUUAUCCAGACUACAAAUACCGUCCUAGACGGAAGAAUAGAAUUGAUACACCGUUUUCUAAUCCAGCAAUAUAUACUACAAGAGAUGCUUUCGUGGAGAUAGAACCAAGAGUAGAUACCAAUUAUCAUAUGUCUUUGAAUUACCCUGACCAGUUAAUGUAUAAUAAUAUGAUCAGUUAUACAGUUCCUUCUAUGCCUCAGGCGACUUAUGUGCCAGUAUCCAGACCCAAGGAGGAACCUUUGCCAAGUCUAGAAUUGAGGCCGCUGCCGUCGAUUGAGAGUAUAUCCCCAAGGCCAUUCGCUGUGGUGAACCAACAGAUGAUGGUGAAGGCAUAUCAGGAUUUGCACUACGUUCCCAACGACAUGCCCAGGAUCUCGUACCACUACCCUUUUGGAGUUCAGUAAAUGGUAAUAACGCCUAAAGUGAGGUUUAUCAGUCACUAUUUAAGUUUUAUAAUGAUUUUGGCUUGUCGUUGAUUCUUUGUUUUUAGAUAUUUAUUUCACUUAUUUAACAUCAUAAUAUCUGUGACGGCCAUUAACACAUUUUUUUUUUCAAAUGGCGAUUAGAUUGCUAUGUUGCCAUAUUAUUGCACCGAUAACAUUUAUAAAGCUUGAAUACAAUUUAAAG